AUGGACGCCGGUGUGGGCGGCUUUCCACGCACCUGCCUGCACGGCAUCCUCGACCUGGUUGACGUCGCCGUGGCCAGCCUCCGUGAGAGCAGCCUCGACGAUUUCGACGAGUUUCCACCGCAUCUCGCCUUCCUGGCCCUGCAGUGGGACGCCGCCGUGGCGUGGCAGAUCCUCUACCACCUCAUGUCUGCCUUUUCCACCACAGGAGUGCCCAUCUCGCGCUACCUCCGAGGCAACCACGAUCUCAUUGCUCGCCAUCUCACCACUGGACUUGUCAGCGCUCAUCUUGCAUCGCCGUCAGCUCCAGCUGGCAAUUCUGCGGCUAACGCCCUCCGGUCCAUAGUGCUGAACCAGUGCUCCUGGCUUCUCAAGAUGGCUGCUAUUGAAAUACAGUUUUCAACAUCGCAGCGCACUUACCUGGCCCGUUUACUGACCAACCUCUUCGCAACAGGCGAUGCUGCUGCUACUGCUGCUGUCACUGAUGAGUCGGGAGUCGGUUUCAGCCACGGCGCAUCGGUCGAUCGGUUCUCGUUGCUCCAUCCCCAGCCCGAUUCCGCGCUUCAGGGCCGCAUUCUCGCGGAUCUUCUGUCACACAUGGAUCCCUCUGAGGCAAUGAUUAGUCCCUUGUGGGUGUUUGAUCACGACUGCGCCGAGUCCAGACUCGUGGAAGAUAUUGUCGUAGCCUGUGAGGAGCCCUUCCCACUCAUCCCGAACGUCGACCAAGCAGCUCUGCGUUCUGGCGUCAUCAACACCCUUGCCCUGGCCCGUCGGUUGAAUGUCUUUCUCGAUGGGGCCUCUGGGGACGUCACCGACGCACUGGUCAGCGAUGUGGCCGAGUGGGCCCAACACCGCAACGCGCACCGUCUCGCUCUCGUGUCCGGGAAACAGGCCUACUUGGAGGGCUGGCGACACUUGGCCGAGAUCAGCAUGCGGAUGCUUCACUUCCUCGCCCGAGUCAAUCCCGACGUGCUCUCGCUCACGUCGACAACCAGCGCCGCUACCGUUUCUGUUAACCGGUACCUCUUCUCGUCCGCUAUGUCGCUUCUUGGCCCCAUGCUUCGUCAGGUCUGUGCCCCCGAAACGUCACCCGCUGUGCUGAAGGUGCUAGCCAGCGGCAGUUGCCUCAGUCUGGCGGCGUUUCUGCAGAUAUUCGCUUCGCCUUCCUCCGCCGACGGUGCAAUAGCCAAUCCGAAGUGUCGCGGAGCUCAGGGCGUCCUUUCGAUCACCCAGCUUCUCCUGGAGGCUGUCUUGUCCUCGAGUGAGUUCCUCCUCCUCCUCAUUCCAUGGAGUCGACUCGGUUUUUUUUCAAUUGACUUGUUCGUGCACGUCGAGGACGCCGUCACCAGCGAACCAACUCAACAACGCGCCCGUGCCAACUAUUACGGUGCUCUGUGUUAUGUGUUGGACGUCUGUCAACAGUUGGAUCAACAGAUGGCUGCCUCGAGCGAUAGCACAGUGGGGCCCCCCAUGGCCCUCCGGGCGAUCAAUAUUCUCUCAGGUAGUAGUGAUUGCGAUGUUGGCAGCGGUGUGAGGAGUUCCCUCCUCACGAUCCUCUUCAACGACCUUUCCAGGGGUCACCAUCCCAUCAUUCCCAUCUCCGCCUUGGGGUUGCUCUGCAUGCUCAUGAAGCUGGAUCGUGCCUCGGGGCAGAUUUUGGAGACUGUUAUUCGCGAUGGCUGCCUACAGUCUUGCGUCGACAGUCUGGAGGAUGACUUGGCUAUUCUCCAGCAAUUCCUGCUCACUCAAAGUGACUCGUCAUCGUCCACGGGAAUGACAAACAACGGGACGGGCAAUGCAAAGGGCCUAAUUGACGCCACUGCUGUCUUCUACGUCUACCAAUCAAAGAUGGCCUUCCUCACUCUCGCUGCUUCCACCCAACUGGGCGCCAAAAGCCUCAUCCAAACCCACCUUCUGGACUCCACGCUGUGCCGCUUUGAACCGCUCUCUGGUUCCUGUCUGGCCGAGGCUUUCAAUUUCUCGGUUGCAGCUGCUCGUGGUGGUGGUAGUGGUGGAGACAUUGCCAACGAAAACCAGUCCGAUCCUCUCGCUUGGCUCGAUUCUCACGAAUUUGCGCAGUUCCUGCUUGCCAUGGUGAAUAAGGAAGAAGCGGGUCAAUUUUUCGGCUGUGCGUCUGGUCUGAUCGAGCCCCUGGUCACUUCUCAACUCCUUUCGGUGUCCGGGUCGAGUCCUACGACCUCCGCUGAUCCUGGCCAGUGCCUCACUUGGAUCGGGAUUCUCGAACCAGCUCUGGCCUUUGCAAAGGCUCUUGCCUUCACCCUAGGUCCAUCCCACGUCUCGGCUGUUCAAAAGGUCUCCAGAUUCGUGUAUACGCACUCAGACGCCCUGUUGACAGUCGGCGCCAGCACCUCGGCAGCCCGUCUAGCCCUCGCGCUCACCCAGGAGUGUUUCCAAGAGGACGGCGGUGAAGCAACCGACGCACGGUCCAGCGGCCGACAGGAGCAGCUAGUCCUCGCGAUCCUUCAAUGGCUUCAUGGCGAGGAGAGUCUUGCGCACCUUCUCUCCUUCAUUCUGCGCGCGCGAAUACCCUCCAGUCUUGCAGAACCCGAUGACCUCCCUCGGGAGUUGCUGCGGAGCAAAACGUUGCGUCAUGUUUUCGCGAUCCUCCACGACCUCUUCCAGGCGCUUCAAGUCAAGGAACAGCGUUCCCUCGCAGCCACUGGAUCGAUUAGUGCAAAGCAAACGUUUAUGCGGAACCUUAUCACAACGAAGCAACUUACCCUGCUGCGUGUGCUAGUGACCACGUGUGUGGCCGCCGUGUCUACUGAGGAUGAGUUUGGCAAUUUUGAAUCCACCUUCCUGAAGAAUCUCAUUUUUUCAUCGUCCCUCUCGCCUAGGGUGCCCCGACCGGUAGUUAAACUGUUCCGUCUCUGUCUACGAAGCACGAGAUCCAUCCACUAUCCUUUAGCUGAUUCCACGGGUGAAGUAUCGGUCUCCGAUGGACCUUCAGGUCGUCCCAGCCUUCACCUGUUGUUGCAGCUGGUGUCCUGGUCAGCCUCCCGCCUGCAUCACCUGGAAACGGCUGUAACCUCGACCACCCGCCAUCUGCCCCCGUCUCUGUUGGUCGUCAACAGAAACGCCAGCACGAAGGGGGAAGAAGGUGACGACAGCCGACGGGUUCACGCGAACCCGCCCGUGGACAAGGUGCUCCAGUGUCUCAUCGACCUCCCUGUUGCGAUCAGCUACCCUGGCGAGGAGAUCUCGACUGACGGAUUGCGUCAAAUAGCCACAAGCAUCUUUUCGGUAUGGGCUCCCAUCACUGCCCAGUUGUUGCAGACAAAUACUUUCGGCAUUGACGCGGGACAACGAAAUGCCUACCUACGCCGAUUCAUCGCAGUCGGAGGCGGACUUCUGCAAACGCAGCUAAGCUGCCUCAUUGGUUGGUUCUCCUUUCGUCCACGUCCCCCACACGUCCUAGAGCAGUCACUGUACCUACUCUGGCGACACGUCAUGUGUUUCGUCAACGUUGGUGGUAGCAGGCAAGAGGUGCUGAUCGAAGCCGAAGUCCGCAGUAACAGUUCCAGCACCCCUCGUCCACCAACAAGGCUCCCAGAGGUGGACCAUGAACACCUACUCGAUCAACUUCCGCGUAGGCUCUCGUUUGACCUGCUCGACAGUGUCACUCAAGUCUCUAAGGCGCCCUACCUCUCAUCCAACGACCAGCUGUUCCUGCAGGUAAUGGUUCAACGACUGGACCGUCUGAGCCAAACCAGAUCCAGGAUGGCAGAACGAACCAACUGA